AAGCAGGUUCGAGAGGAAAAAUUAUGUCUCCCUGAAAACACCGAGUGUUGUUUCUCUGUCUCUGAUCCCUUGACGCUUGUUUCAACUGCCUUUCCCCAGUUCUUGUCCGUUUGUUGGGCCGUUUUCAGCGCGUCCUGGACCGUGGACGCGCUGUGGGCUGCGCGCGGAGUGGAGCCGUUCGGUUUGCGAAUGCGGCUCAUCUGACGGAAAGUUUGCCGUGCGCUGCCCAGCCCAGCAGCCGUCACCGACCCAAAUGCGCCUGCCACAGAGCCUUGCCCCAGCGGUCCCUGGUCCCCGCCAGUCCCUGCCCGUCCUAGUCCAGUGAUGUGAAAAUGGCUGCAGAGGAGCUGGUGGUGUCGCUCUCCAAGCGAAAUGACAGCUCCGGACUCGGCUUUUCCCUGCUCGGGCUGUCAGGCCUGCCCCACGUUAUUUACGACAUCGUGGAGCACUCGGCCGCCGCGGACAGUGGCCAGGUGGAAGCUGGAGAUAUUAUUUUAAGAGUAAAUGAUGCUGAUGUCAGCAGGUUGACAACCAAAGAAGUGCUCAAGUGUCUGAGGCUUUCAAAAGAUCCUGUUCUAUUGACUUUAAAGCGGGAUCCUGUUUUAAAAGCAAAAGUAUUGUGUCAUAUAACAUCACCUCAUGCUCAAGAUGCUGAUGAUAUGUGUGAGCUUAUAUCAUCAUCAUCAUCAACUUCCUCUUCAUCAACAUCAUCUCCUUCCAUUCGCAGUAGCAAGAUACCUAGGCCAAAACAUUCAGUGAAAAAUAGUGCCAUACCAACAAGGACUGGUUCUUCAGUUGCAAGCCCGGUGCUCAAGGAACGCAAUGGCAGUAGUUCUCGGAAAAGUGCAGUUUCAUCUGAAAAAGGAAAUGACAAAAACGAAGUUGUCUGGGAACCACUUGGAGGCCCUGUUGAGAAACCAGACAAAUCAGGCCCACCCCGUUUUGAAGCAUACAUGAUGACUGGUGAUCUUAUUUUAAAUUUGUCUCGUACUCAGCAGUCAUCAGUCCUUCCAAAGCAUAACAAAAAGGUUGAUAGCCUACUACUUCGACAUCAUCAUAACCAUCAAAACCAUCAGCACCAUAAUUCUGUGCCAACAUCGCCUAAUGAAAGUGACAUGGGAAUUAAAGGUCACAAGCUAGAUUCUCCAACAUGCAACUCCGCUGGUACUUCCCCUGUAGGUCCUAGUAAACAUGAAAUGUUCCAAGAACAUGGUGGCACUUCAUGUAGUUCAAGCAAACUGCUUCCUUACCACAAUUCUGUUCGCACAUCUCGCUCUGAAGACCAACUUCAGAAGGACUCAUCUAUUUCAACAGUUGACAUAGAUAUUGAUGAAGACGUCACUUCAUCUCUGAACACAUUACUAGAUACAAAGCCUGACAGCACUCAUAGUAGUGAUUUAGAAUGCUUGAGAAAUAGAGUUGAUAAGAGACUGGACAACACUAUAUUAAGUGGCAAAGUUUGCUCUAGUUUUGAUAAGAGAGAAAGUUCUAAUCUGAUGGACAGUGAUAAGUUAAAAGAUUCUACUUACAACCACUCAAGAUUAAAUUCAAAUGGAGACUUUGAAGAGCCAUUUGAUGGUGAUGCGUUUCCCUCUAGUGAAAAGGCUGUGUGUGGACCAAGCUUUAAUCCUCAGAGCCAAAGGCACAUGAACAAUGUAGAGAAUUUCCCUAACCAGCAAUCAGCAGGCUUGCUAUCUGAUUAUAAUGAUGACAGUGGUGGCAAUGAUUAUUUUGAGCCACAGAAAAACAAAACAGAUAGUGUCAGUUCCUCAGGACGAUUUCCUUCAGACCUUGUACAGACACAUGGAGAUAGAAUUGUGUGGACAUACAAUGCACCUCACUGGUGGAUACGGCUGCAUGGUGAUCGCUUGCCUCGGAGUAUUGAAGAGAUUGAGCAGUGUCAACGCCAGAUGUCUUCCUCCUCAUCUGGAGGGUCUGAUAGUACUCGAGAUGGUGUGGAAUCCCCAACGUCAAUAUCAUCGUCUGUCAUGUCAAGCAACUCGAGCAAUGUCAAUCAACCUGCUAUUAAUCCUCUCCCUCAGCGCAAUGGCGAUUUAAGCCAGUCUGAAGGUGUCUCCAACAUCUCUAGCCCAGAUUUCCAGGAGGAGGAGACGCUGGACAUCCUUUCUGCAAGAGAUCUGCUAAUGGAGGGCAGUGAUCCGAGUGAUAGUGACUCCACUCUCAUGGCCAGCAUUCCUCGUGAUCCUGAAUCAACUCAUCGAAUUGUUAUUGAAGUCAAGGGUCCAGAUAAAGAUGGCAGUGACAGUCCGCUGCGGAAAAACAAGCGUCCAAACAACCAGGUGUAUCAGGAGCUCCAUGAAAAUGAAGAAGGGUCUCCUUUAUCUGGUUCAGAGGAUGAAAGCGACAUUGAGUCCCUACAUAGUUACCAUUACAGUCCCAAAGGGGUUGAUCUCCCAUCAGCUAUCCGCCUUGCAAAGCGGUUAUAUUUGUUAGAUGGAUUUAAAAAGUCUGAUAUAUCCAAGCACUUGAGUAAAAAUAAUGAUUUUAGUCGAGCUGUGGCAGAUGAGUACCUGAAACACUUUGAAUUCAGUGGAGAAACACUAGACAUUGCAUUGCGCAAGUUUUUAAGACAAUUCAGCUUAACAGGUGAAACUCAGGAGAGAGAACGUGUCCUUGUGCACUUUUCGAAGCGAUACUUGGACUGCAAUCCUGGAUCAUUCAACUCUCAAGAUGCCGUGCAUACAUUAACCUGUGCAAUAAUGCUGCUAAACACCGAUCUUCAUACACAAAAUGUUGGUCGGAAAAUGUCUUGUGUGGAAUUUAUUGACAAUCUUGCUGAGCUAAAUGAUGGAGACAAUUUCCCAAGGGAUGUACUUAAACAGUUGUAUCAAGCUAUCAAGGUGUACCCCUUGGAGUGGGCUCUUGAUGGUGAAGGUGAGGAAUGUGUCGGUGAUAUGCAAGGCAAGCAGCAACUGCAGCAACAAGUGCCGACACAGAGAGGCCAGCAAGCUGGACUGGGUGGAUUCAGCAAUCUUGGCAUGAAUCCUUUCCUCCCUGUACCGGACGCUGCUGCCGCCAUUGAGUACAAAAAGGGAUAUGUCAUGCGGAAAUGUUGUGUUGAUGCCAAUGGAAAAAGAACGCCAUUUGGUAAGCGUGGUUGGCGCAUGUAUUGUUGCACGCUCCGGGACUUGGUUCUGUACCUGCACAAGGAUGAGCACGGCUUUCGCAAGAAUCAACUCUCGGACAACCUGCACAAUGCUAUUCGCAUUCACCAUGCCCUUGCAACAAAGGCCAUUGACUAUACCAAGAAGCAGCAUGUUUUUCGCCUUCAAACAGCAGAUCAGGCUGAGUACUUAUUUCAAACCAGUGACUCAAAGGAAUUACAGUCAUGGAUAGAUACAAUAAACUUUGUAUGUGCUUCAUUCUCAUCACAACCAUUGGCAAGUGCUGUUGGUUCUCAGAAGAAAUUUCAACGUCCUCUUUUGCCAUGCAGUCACACUAAACUUAACCUGCGAGAACAAUUGAGAGAUCAUGAAGAGCGUGUAGUGAGGCUGGAGGCUGAACUAGAAGACAUGAGGAAAAGUGAGAAAGAUAAAAGUAACAAGUCCCUUAAUUCACACAGCCACAGAGAGAGAGACAUGUUUUUGACACAUGAACUAAAGCGUUACAAGACUUAUGCUUACCUUCUACGUUCACGAAUGUCACAAUAUCCAGAGCUAGUUGAACCACUUAUGGAAGACAGCCGUUUUUCUGAGGCAAUCACGGAAGAAGAGACUCCGUGUUCACCUCCAAGCAACAGGCAGUAACCCCGUGGCAGUUCUGCAGUCUUCCGAACCAUCUUGCCUUGCCGGUGAGGGCCUCGUGCAAUAUCCACUUUAAUGAGCAACAACUCUUCUUGCUUGUCUUUUACAAUAUUUGUAAGAUUUGAGUCAAUUCUUGCUCUGGCUUCUAGUCAAUAUGUUCAGGACUAUGCAGUUAGCAUGCAUAUUUUGAUUUUGAGUAUUAUUUUUUUCUGAAGAGGAACCUGUUUGUGCAUUCGAAGCCAUGUCCGGCUGAGUAGGCUAAAAUGUGAAUGAUUGUUUUUUUCAAGACUUUUAAUUUUUAUUCCUAAUUUUUAAGUCUGAUGCAAAUGAAAAUAAUCCCACUCCGGUGCUAAAUUUUGUAGUAUUAUGAAAAGCUAUGCUUAGAGCUAGUCUAAGAGUUUUUUUUUAAGAUCUACAAGCUCAAUGAGCUGUUAUUUCAUGUAUGUUUAUUAUGUUAUAAAUAUGUGUAUUUGUGUAACCAUGAUGAGACACAGAAAAAAGAUUUGGAUGGCAAGAACUAUAAAGUUGAUUCUAAGCCAAAUUCACUAUGGCACAGUGUAUAAACCUCCUUGCAUAUUGUUAUCAUUUUAAAAAUCAAACUUUUUAUUAAUAUGGUGAAUUACGUGUUGAUGUUUUACCUGUCUUUUUUUUGUUGUAAAGUGAGUUUUCCUACUUCUUGGUUUUAUUGUAACUUUUGAUUGUUCUACUGUUAACCCAUUGCUUUGUUCUGUAGUCUAGUUUUCUCAUCUUUGAUUUUGAAUUGCUGUCUGUAAAGUUAUGAAAUUUUAACAUUUACUAACUUGGCAGCUGGCUAGCGUUGUUUUAUUUACUUAGGGUGUAAUGUGGUUAAGUUUGCUUGGAUGGUUGCAGUUUAAUAAAUUUGAUCAUUUUCAUCCAUAGGUGAAUUUUUUUUAAUGAUAGUGAGAGCUACAGCAAUAUUGAAUUUCUAAAUGCUUGCUUCCACAGAUGAUUUGCUCACCUUUGCUCACUAAAAUUGCUUGUGAACCUUGUAUUGUAAAGCCUGAACUGCAUUUAUGCUCUCUGUGGUGCUGUACACAAUCAUCUUUUGUUAAGACAACUUGCUGUUCAAGUUGUGUGAGUAUGGUUAAUGAAAAAUGUUCUGUGUGUCCUCUGUGAUUUCUCAUCUCAAUCAAUUGAAUUGUACAUUUUAUUUUGCAUUUUUGUUGUCGUUGUUCUAUUUUAGAUUUUGAGGUAGAACUGAUACUUCCCACUCUACUUGUAAUACAUUAUUUUGCCCAAACUGAUAGUCUCAUUCGCAAUAUUAUUUCUACCAUUCCCGCAUCAUUCCAUGUAUCCUAAUAUUCAGAUUUCUGGAUGCAAGCAGUUUGCCUCAAGCAAAGUGAUGGGUUCAACUUUGAAUUUAGAAUAAAUUUGUCACUAACUGAGGCAAUGUUACACGCUACAUGCAAAUAAGUGGGAUCAAUGUAUUAUUGUACUGCUCUUUUAGUUUAGCACCAUUAAAUUAUUGUUUUUGCCAUGUGAUUAUGGAUGCUCUUAUUCAGAGUAGUCAUUGCACCUCUAUUGCAGCAUACUGAUGUUUAAUUGUUUAAGAAUGGUUACAGAGUUGUAAAAAUAUAAAUAGUGAAGCAACUUAUUUAGAUAUGUUUCUGUUACUCAGUCUCUAAUAAUGUGAUGGAUACCUAAGACUGUGCUUAUGUUAUGAAGCAUUGAUGGUUUGGAUGUCACACAAAGGGGAGCAAGAUCACACUGAUAAAAGUUAAAUAUUAAUUCAUAAAUUUGUUGAUGUCUGUUGUCAUGUUGAAAUGGUUGUUUACAGCUAGUACCGUUUGAAUCGCUUGAGGUUAUUUGUGCUGGUUCACAAAGUGAGCAGCUCCAGUCUUUGUGAUCUGUUGAAAUUUUGUGAGUGUUGUGUCCCCCGUUAGGGGGGAGCGACAUUGUAUGUACAUGUAUCGUCAGUCUUAUUCCCUGCUGGUGCCGAUCAACUCCAUAUUUAUUCGGAAUAAAGAUGUUUGAGCCAUUAUA